CUGCGCUCGGCUUGACUUCGGUUGUAGGAAUGGCGGCUGUGAUCACUGUAGGAAGCGACUACAGACCCUGAAACUUUACUUCAAGCGGCCCCGCAGAGGAAUUUGGUUGAAUCGAAACGCUGGGCGGCCAUCCUACUGCGGGAACCGGGGGGAACAAGUGCUUUUCUUCACCAAACCCAGCCGACAUCCGCAGUGGGGGAGCGGGCGCACUUUCCGACCCACAGUUAGCUCAUUCUGGAGCAGCUGACUUUGAUUCAAGGUAGCUUUAGCUCCUCGCUGCUGCUCCACUAGCCACCACCAGUCUACCUACAAGUUCACAAGUGAUCCACCACACCGGGGCAUCCCUUAUUUGCAUGCCUAUGAGGUGGAUCGCUGUCUUUAUUAGAGGAUACAGUGGCGUCCUUGGGCAAGAAGUCAACACUUUUGUCCAACGCGAACCUUAGCUCGUCAACUCAAGGCUAGCUAAGUUGAGAAGUCUCGCCCAUUUUUGGAUACUGCUCCGGCCACUGGCUAAGGGCUAAUCAACAGGGAAAUCCGCAGGUUUUGGAGCUCGCUUGGUACUACAAUGGAAAGCCUAACCCUGAGUGAUGUUGAGCAGAAGUAUUACUCGGAUCUGUUCGUCUAUUGCGACACGGACAACACCAAAAAAGUGGCUUCAAACGGGAGAGUUCUUGACCUUUUCCGGGCGGCCCAGCUUCCCAGUGAAGUUGUCCUGCAGAUCACGGAGCUGUGUGGAGCCACUCGACUGGGACAUUUCGGCCGGAGCCAGUUCUACAUCGCUCUGAAGCUAAUCGCCAUCGCACAGUCAGGCCUCCCCCUCAGGGUGGAGAGCCUCAACUCGGUAAAGGACCUCCCAUUACCACGGUUUGUCGUCGGUAAGAACGAGGCCGAGGCGAGACAUGCUGCUCUGUACCAGGACACUGACGGUCAGGGCCUGUACCCCGGCUCUGCCACGUCUGUAAUACCACGACCUCCAGGCAGGGGACACCCAAACAAGAAAGGACCCCCAACCUCCACCUCUCUGCCUGUUCACGAAGUCAUCCAACCCCACGGGCCGCCCUCCAUAGAGACGCAGCCUGAAGCAACGUCCCCGGUGGUCUCCCCUCACCAGUCUCCCCCCUCCUCGCCUCUGUCCUGGAGGAAACACAAGCGACAGCACAGCGGGGGCAAUAUAGACAGACAGCAGCCAGUGCCCACAGCAGCAGGAGCCGUGUGGACACAGUUUAGAGAUCCACAGUCAGUGGCGGUCACGGGUCCGGUCCCUGGAGAUGGCAUCUGGUCAUCCCACUCUCCCCCACUUCCCUGUCAGGAGAGCUGGGUUAGUUUCACCGCAGACACGCCCCCCUCCAGCACCAUGCCUGCCAUCCACCCCUCGUCAGUCCAGGAAAGCACAACGAUACGCACAGUGGCCUCAGCAGCAACGACCAAUGAAAUCCAGAGACAGUCCAGUGCCUACGACGACCCCUGGAAAAUCACAGAGGAGCAGAGACAGUAUUAUAUCAACCAGUUCAAAACCAUUCAGCCUGAUUUAACGGGAUUCAUACCAGGUUCAGCUGCAAAAGAGUUUUUCACUAAAUCCAAACUACCCAUUUUAGAGUUGUCACACAUUUGGGAGCUGUCAGACUUUGAUAAAGACGGAGCGUUGACCUUGGAUGAGUUUUGCGCGGCCUUCCACCUCGUCGUGGCGAGGAAGAACGGAUACGACCUCCCCGAGAAACUGCCUGAGAGCCUGAUGCCAAAGCUCAUAGACCUGGAUGACUCAGCAGAAGUCCCAGAACCAACCGCAGAUGUUGUAUACUCGGCCUCUCCAGUCGAGGUGACCCCCAACAAGUCUCCAUCGAUGCCUUCUCUCAACCAGGCCUGGCCCGAGAUGAACCAGAGCAACGAGCAGUGGGAGACGUUUAGCGAGCGCUCCUCCAGCUCACAAACUCUGACCCAAUUUGACUCUAAUAUUGCACCAGCUGACCCUGAUACAGCCAUAGUCCACCCUGUCCCUAUCCGAAUGACCCCCAGUAAAAUCCAUAUGCAGGAGAUGGAGCUGAAGAGAACGGGCAGCGAUCACAACCACCCCACCAGUCCACUUUUGGCCAAACCUCCUGAACUGAAUGAAGAAACCAAAUUAACUGCAUCUAUGAAGUUUGUAGCAGCCAACGCCGUGGGUGAUGGUUAUAGCAGCUCUGAUUCCUUUACGUCGGACCAGGAGCCGAUCACAAGACAAAGGUCUCAGUCGGGUAACUCCCCAGAAGCGCUGAAGGUGGUGGCCCCUCCCCCUCCGCCCCCUCGGCCUCACGCCUCACACUCGCGCUCCUCGUCUUUGGACAUGAACCGCACUUUCGCCGCUGCCUCCGCCCCGGGACAGCAGCAGGCCAACGCUACAGCUUUCCCCCCCGCCGUGCCUCCCAGACCCCUGCCCACACAGUCCUCAGUCCCACACACUGGUCACCGUGGCGACACAGACUCUGGCGGGGCCUCCCUCACCACCACAUCUCCUCAGCAGAUCCCACAGCAGCCAAACUUCGCAGACUUCAGCCAGUUCCAAGCCUUCGCCGCAUCAGAACAGCCGUCCAGUUUACCAGAGGUGGACAAGCACUCUGAGCCCGGACCGGUGGAUAAAACGAUAGAAGGAGCUGGUCCAUUGAGAACAGUUAAAAGUGAUGGUCCUGCAGAUGAGAGAACAACUGUCACUGUGAACUCUGCCAAAGGUGUAUCUGGUCCCAUAGCGCCUCCUCCCAAACCAGUGCGCAGGAGGUUAAAGUCUGAAGACGAGCUCAGACCAGAAGACGAGCAGCACGGCCCACAGAAGGCCAACGUCAUAGCUGCUGUUUUAGCCACGCAGCCCUCCAUCCCCAGGUCCGUUGGAAAAGACAAAAAAGCAAUCCAGGCAUCAAUCAGAAGAAACAAAGAGACAAAUACAGUUCUGGCCAGGCUCAACAGUGAACUUCAACAACAGCUAAAGGACCUGCUGGAGGAGCGAAUAUCUCUAGAGGUGCAGUUGGAGCAGCUCAGACCCUUCUCCCACCUUUAACCGCUGUGAGGCUGCGUCCGCUGUAGUCUAUCCAAAACAAAAGACCCUUGUUGUGAUUCCCCUUGAAAAAAAAAAAUCCGUCCCUGCUGUCCUCCCGGGCCGUACGAUACACGUCCCCUCCAUUGAACUCAAUCACGCACUUCUUCAAUCAUCAACCCAAAGGACCCGGCAGCGCAGUCGCACCGCCGAUGGGGAUGCCUCGGGAGGGGAUUUCGCAGACAAGACGAAAACUGGCACUUUCUGGCUUCUCACAAAGAGGAGAGGUGAAGGAAAAGAGAAAGCAAAAGUCCUAGCUGAGAAUGAACUGGUUACUUAAAGCCUGAAUGACCUAAAAAGACAGAGGCUACAUGAACGAAAACAAUAACAUCUUAAUAAUCAAAACCAUUUCUGUAGAUUAUAGUAGCAUAAAUGAUGUUACAAGUUAGGCAUACAAAAUUUUAUCACAAUCUAUCUCAAACUGAUUGGUACAUUUCUGGUUAAAAGCUAGCUCCAUGCUGCAAAUAACCAUAGAUCAUCUCAUCUUAUUACUGCAAUGUCUUCAUAAAUCCAGUUUUGCGUUUACAGUAUUUUAGUCAGAUCACAUUUCCGUAUUGCAAAGAUUAGCUAGAGUUCACGAAUCUGAAUCACCACUUGCAAAUGGCGAAUACAAGUACAGUAUAUUUUGAAAUGAAAACCUCUAGAUGGGACUGUUAGCUGAUAUUAAUCCAAAACCUGUCGAUCAGUCUGAAAUAGGUAGAAUAUACAUGUCAAAUUUCGGGCCACCUUUGAAAUGCCUUUUUGGAGUCAGUGUUCGUAUGAUGGUCGGAUCUGUGCCGUCUUAACCGUGUCUGGAGAUACAGGAGUAGUGACUGAAUCUUCACUAAAUGCCAAAUGACUGAACUUUUCACUCUCGCCUCUACGCCGACUGCGUUUUUUUUCCUACCAUUUCUUCUCUUAUAGGUCUGGAGCAGUACGGAUUUAACAUGCUAAAAGUAUUUCAACAUUUUAUUUUAAGCUAAGGAGGUUUGACCAAUCAGGCAUAACGUAAGUAGCGAGAUGGUGGGUGAUAUGAAAAUAUAAAAUGUCACUGAGUUUUGAUUCAGUAUUGCUGUGCAGUCUUCUUCGCCCCGCCCCUUAUUGGUUGGUUCCUGUCAUGUUCUGAGUGAGUGACAGGUGGGUUUAACCAAUAAGAACAAUAAGGUUCAUUUGGUGUUCCAAUGUUAAUUUUUCAGACCAAGAAUUUGUUUUCAUGCCUAACCUUUUCAACUGCUCACUCAUGGUUUUCCUCAGAUUGGUCACGUGAUGUUGCUGUGACGUGUCCGGUCAGCUGAUUUAUACAGGUUUUGGCGCCGUCAUCCUACUUCCACGGGUAGGAAGACGGCGCCAUGUGCAGUCCGACAUACGAAACAAGCCCACAGGACUAUAAACCGGGACGAGGGGACUUUUUUUACUCUCACACACCUGGGAUACUGAGGAUCAGGAGGAAGUUGAACUGCAGAUGGCGCUGUCGUCCUGCCUCCAUUGGUAGGAAAACAACGCCAUAACCUUUUUAAAUCAGCUGACCGGACACGUCACAGCAACAUCACGUGACCACUCUGAGGAAGAGAAGUCAAAACCACCGCUAGUGAGCAGUCAAAACUGUAUGAAAACAAACUCUUGGUCUGAAAAAAUAACCUAAUAACAUAAACCAAUAACAGUUGAAGUGUGAGUAAGCAGUUAGGUUCACUGAAUGUUGAAAGUAACAUAAGCUACUAAGUAUACAAGAUCAAAUUGUAAUUGACCAAGAGACUAAGAAAAUUGGGUAACAUUUCAUAAUAAUUACAGUUUAAUUAGCCUUAACAAAGCCAAGUCUUACAUCAGAAUGAACAAAUAGUUUAUUAAGAAUGAUUCAGGCUUAGUAACUCCUAAACAUGUAUUAAAGGGCCUAUAUUACAUUAUUUUCUGAUCUAUGUUAUAAUGUUUCCUCAUCAAAAACAUACCCAGAGUUGUUUUUUUUUCAUUCAUGCAUGUUUAGAACACAAAGUUCUUCUCUUAAACUGAAAACACCACCUUGUGAUAUCAUGUCGUAAUACAGGAGGUGCUCCACUGUGUUUUAAACUCCUCAAAAUUAACUAGAAUCACUAGAAGCAUUUUGAUCAUUUCAGCCACAGAUGUGCCGAUCUCUACUGAACAAAAGGUAAAAAGUAGCUGAAAACUACUGUCUCAUGACAUCAUAAGAUGGAACCGAACAUUUUGCGCUUUGGAGAAACGUGUGAAUGAAACAAACUUGAUUCCUGGCAUGUUUUUGAUGAGGUAACAGCGUUAUAACAGAACUUAUAGGACCUUUAAGUAGUUACUAAACCUGAAUUUUUCUUAAUAAACAUUCUGUCUUUGUUGAGGUUAAUUAAGGUGUAGUUAUUAUAAAAUGAGAAAAGUGUAUCAUUAUUUUUGCCAUAUCGCCUGUAAUACGUUAUGCCUGGUAGGUAUGAAAUGUUGUGUUACCCGUAUUACCAACUUGUAAAUGGUUUCCGAUAUAGCCAUUUCCAGUCCGGCUCUAUGCAAAGGCGAGCGCUCUCUGUAGACCAAUCCGCUGGCUCAUCGUAGCAUCUCUGUGAAAUUUUGUAUCUCUGCUCUUCCACUAACGCAUCACUAUACUGUCGAUCUCUGCGUCGUCUUGCCUUUGUUGCCGUGGCUUCCUGCGCCAAACGGGAAGCGCCUCUUUUAAUCAGUGUUGGUUAUCAGGGCAGUUUUAACCCAAUAGGCAAGAUACGACCCCAAAACGGUUGUAGAUGAAGCUUAUAGAAAGAGGCCAGUCAAUGUAAAGGGGAGACCUGAAUGACCCCACUGCACUUUGAACUUUGAACUUUUCCCCAUGCUAUUUUCUUUGUUUUUCGUGUCCUUGCUUUGAUAUUUUAACCUGCAUGUUCUCGUCUUAUUCUAUAUUUAAAAUUACGCUUUACGAUACAGUACAGUCUUUUGACAAAAUUAGAAUAUGCUGGAAUAUUUUUGCACUUAAAUUCGAAGUACUUCAAAAUUUCAGAACAAGAAAUGUAAAAUUUUUAAAUGUAUGAAAUUUUCAGUAGGUUGCGUUCACACCCUAGAAUUAGAUUUUGUAAUUUCAGAUGGAGGGCAGGGGGGUUUAUAGCUUUAUUUGCGAUUUUGUGGUUCUGAAAGAUAACUUCUGAUCCACAAAUGCUGAAGAUUUGCUCCAAAAACACCACUUUGUGAAGCUAUAACGAAAAAAUAAUUCCACUUUUGCUUAUUUCUGCUGACAGAGAAGGCAUUGAACUUUGUAAUAGUUUUUAUUUUAUAUGAAUAGACCCAAUAAUUAACCAUAAAUCAGUUCAAAAAAUCUGCAGGUUGAAAUUUAAAGAGCUAAAUCUCCUGUCCUCCAGUUCAGUUUUAAAGUUUUGGGAUUCUAAAUGAACGUUCCCUAAUUUUUUAUCUAUACUCUAACAUUUUGUAUAAGACUGUAUUGUUCCAGUUGCCUAAAUCGUCUCAUCUUUUUUUUCUAAAGCUGUUUUGUCUGGAUCUUCUGUUGUGUCAGUGAAGCAUCCAUCUUUGAAAGCCUUACUCCCCUCUUAACAAACGCGGCGUUCAGGUGCCCUCUGUAUUUUUGACUGCUCUCUUUUUCUCUUCGGACGUAUCAAGACUCGCCUUCCGUUCUUCUGCUGUAUGAGGGUGUAUUGUGUGUGCGUGUGUGAAUUUGCGUGCGUUAAAUGCUCAGACCGGGACCAACCAAAACUGAAAAUCCUAUUGGUAAUGAAAAGGAUUGAUGUAUGUUUGCUAGCACAUGCAGUCCGAACCUUACAAGGCAAUCGAGUCUCUAUAGGAUUUUGACUGGAGAGUGGUCCCAGGUCUUUGGUGUAAAUUGUAUAUGGAAACACACUUUUUGGACUCCUGUAAAUUUGCAUUAAUUGCUGACUAACGGCGAAAGAUGAAUAUUCUAUUUAAUUGCUCCUCUGUUCCGCUGUGGGCUCUCGAUGUAAAACUGCAUGGAUGUACUGUAUCUCUGCAGAGACGACUAGCAGCUGUGUGAUUUUUACACAAAAAUAAAAACGGCACAAUAUUUUAAA